UUUUGUCUCGAAGCCGUGCUUCGAUCUUGAGUGAAUGACGGCGUGUUUAUAGUGGGUCUUGUGGCUGCAGUCAGGCGUGGAUUAGUUGAUUUACCGAGAUGUUUUGGGGAUCAGCAGGUCAGCGGGGAUCUGUCGGGCUUCUCCGCUGCUGGUCCCUGACGGUCAGCCCCAAGACUCUCACACCCACCCGGUGUCCUCUGCACACUCCACGCUCUCUCUCGUUCUCUGCCCCCCUAAAGUCUCCUGCUCAUGAAGAGGUGAAGCAGCCUCUGAGGCGGUGGGAUCUGGCGGUGAGCCCCUUCACCACUGUGCGCGCACAGAUAGGCUGCAACAUAUCCAUCCACCCGCUGGACCCGCACACCUACCCCGAGGCUGAUCGAGCCUUCAUAACAGUCCACGGGCCAGACAAGGGGCAGGAAGUCAGUCUGGACCGGUUAAAGGUCCACUAUGAUGACCGGGGCAAAGAGCUCCUAAUAUCCGCUGAGACGGUGGACAGCGACGUGUCCAUCGAAAUGUCUGCACCCAUCAAAAGCAAUCUCUUCAUUACUACUCAAGGAAAGGGCAGCGUUCAAGUUAAGAACAUGGAGUGUGAUAUCUGCAAGGUGCGAACAGAAAAGGGGAACUGCCUGCUGCACUCUGUCAAGGCUCAUCAGGUUGAGGUGCAAUCCCACGAAGGGCAUGUUACAGGUGUGGGCACAAUCAAUGGCAACGUGGUCAUCAGCACUGGUGGAGACAGUGCAGUGGAUGUCAAGAAGCUCCAGGGCACCAAGAUGAAUGUGUCAACAGAGCACGGCCCUCUGAAGGUCAAAGCCAUCUACGCAGAGUCCACCUGCAUCUUAUCCCGUUCGGGGAGAGUGAACCUAGGGCACGUACACGGUGAGACUACUGUGAAGAACACGUGUGGAGAUACAGUUAUAGAUGGUUCAAAUAGCUUCCUGAAGGUUUCCUCUGACAGCGGAGGCAUCGACGUCUACGUGGGAGACGGUGGCACUGCUGAGCUUCACAGUCAGCAAGGAGCGGUGAGCGUGCGUGUGCCUUCCUCAUUAAGAGCUGGGGUGAGGCUUUGUGGGACAUCGGUGGAUAUCAGCCCAGAGGUUGUUCUGCAUGGAGUAGAAAACAGCAUGUCUGAAGGCCACACCACAGUUACUGGCUACAUGAAUGUAGAGCCUCCAGCUAAUCAGUGGGUUAAAGCUCAAGCAGACAGAGGCUCCAUCAGACUGACCCUACAAAGCUGGUUUGAGUCCCGGAGGCUGGUCAGCUGAAUGUCCCGUUUUUUUCCUAGAAUCAUAAUGAUGCAUCGCUGAACUGGGAGUUAAAAAAUUUACAAGAAAGAGCCAAACAUUACUGCAGCUGUAAGAGACUGAAUGCUAAUUUAACUCUUUGCUCAGGAUAUACUGCAUUAUAAUCUGAAGUAUAUUACAAAUGUUCUAUGUGUGUAAGAAGCCACUGUACAUACAGACUACAGUGAGAUUAUGUGUGCACCAAACUGUUGGAAUGUUUUGGAUGUUUAAAAAAAAAAAAGUUUUGCUCAUGUUUUUUUUGGUCCAAGUUUACCGAAUGUUACUGGAUGCUACCUCAAACUAUGAAAGCACCGUUGAAUACCUUG